UUACCUCGGUCAGAACGCAGUGGCAGUGAAGUGAAGUGGCGCUGUCGGUCAGCGCGAUGCCCAAACAGCCGCGUCAGCUAGGAACCUAGGUGACGGUGAUCGCGCAGAACAAAACAGUCAACCGACAACAAUCCACCAAACGGAGCAAAAGCGCAACAAAGCCGCCUCCACAGCCCGCUCCAUCAACUACUGUUGAAAUCCUAACGACCUCUCCAGGCAAGGGGUUUCUGGCUGCCGUGUCUUCGAGGACGCCCUUCGCUUCCGGGAUUGCAGACACUGUGCUGUACAUGUGACUCUUGUGCAAGUGUGCGUGUGCGUGCGUGCGUGUGUGUUUUAUGCCAACGCAAUUCCGAAAGAUGGCAAGCUAUCUGUGCGAACGAAAUAAAUCCUCCACCCGGUAAUCCGGUCCUCGACACUUCUGGUGCAGGUUCGUCGUCUCGCGCCGCGCAGCAUCUCUGUGACCACGCGUAGGGGCAACAACAACAACAACAACAGCAAAAAGACACGGAGCGCAUAUUCUCGCAGAAUUCCGCCAUCUCCAGCACUCAGUGCGUGUGUGUGUGUGUGUGUGUGUGUAUGUGUGGUGAGCGCACUGCAAUUAAGCAACUCUCCACAGCCUCCCCUUCCCCACGGUGGUGCUGCACACACCUGUGAGGAACGCGAGCACGCGCGAGAAUGAGAAUAAAGCGUCUCGAUCCCUCGAGCGUACUUUGUGGCGUUUGCGCAGUUUUGCAGCCGUUUUUCCCGUCCCGACCGUCGACGGUAGUGGUGGAUGCUGAGGUUACUGCUGCUGCUGCUGCUGCUGUUGGUGCCCAAAGUGCUCGAGUCGGUUGCGAUGUGUCGCGAUAAGGUGGUCCUGACGUUGCCGCGUGCCAUACUGCUCUACCUUGCGAUCCUUGCCGGCGGUUCGUCGCUUGGUGCGGGAGGUGUGUCGCCGGUGAACGAUUCGCUGGCGGUAGCGAGCACCGGUUCGCGCGAUGCACGGUUCCUGGCGUUCGGCGAGGGGCUGACCAGUGAGGAGUUUAGUCUGUACCCGGUGCAGUGGGGUGAGCGGGCAGCAGGAGAAAGCACGGCCCGGUACGAUGAUGGCAGUGAGCUGGUGCGGCUGGUCGAGGGCGGUUCGGAUCUGAGCCCCGACCCGUACGAGUUGAUUCGGUGGGAAAGUGACGCGAGCAGGUACGGGGAAGGUACAGGUGCAUAUCGGAAGCUGACCAGCGGUGACAUUUCGCGCACACCGUUGGACACCACUGUCUUCCAGCAGGACGGCGAGCUGGGCGUCACGACCAGCUACUACCCGACGGCGGCCGCCCUCCAGUCGCAAGACGAAUCGGUAGUGAUGACGGCAGCGCCGGCUUUGUCACGUGUUUCAGCAUUCGUGCGCGGUAUGCUGCAGCGCUUUGGCAUCUACCAGUACAUCGAGGCGUACCAGAGCAAGGGUGGUGGUAGCGAAGGUGGCAGCACCACUUCCGGCCCUUCGUCGAACAUCCAGCGCGGCACACCGCACCGUUUUCGGCCGCACUUUGUCAACACGGCCAAGGGUCUGCGCAACAUACCGGCCCAGCUGAACGAUGGCCAGCUGCAGCUGGCCCCGGAAGAUGGGGUGACCGGCAGCGACGGUUCGCUAGUGUCCGGCGGCCAGCCCGGACUGCAGACUGGCGGAGGCGGAGCGGGCAGUACGACCGGCAGUACUAGCAAGGCUCCUGGAAGCUCCGCGGGCGGUGGCGGCACCGGCGGCACGAUCAGCUCACUGUUCAACGCCUUCAAGCGUAAGGUCAAAGCCAUCUACCCGGGCACAGUGUGGUGCGGGGACGGCAACCAGGCGAAGAGCGAGAACGACAUCGGGUUCUUCUAUCUGACCGACAGCUGCUGCCGGGCGCACGAUCUCUGUCCCAUCACCAUCGCAGCCGGCGAGCAGUUCAAUCGGCUAAAGAACAAUGGCUACUUUACGCGAUCUCAUUGUGACUGUGAUAAACAAUUUUUCAACUGUCUGAAGAACGCUAACACACUCGUUUCGCGCCAGAUCGGCUACACGUACUUCAACCUGCUGAAACCGCAAUGCUUCCGGUACGAGCAUCCCAAGCUGAACUGCACCAAAAGAAGCAAAGGCAAAUGCAUAUCGUAUGUCGUGGACGAGAAGCAGAGCAAGCGGUGGCAGUGGUUCGAUAAUCUCAUCUUUUAACCAGACCAAACGCGCAGUGUGGUGCGUGCCGUUACCUUCAGGUGCAGGUGCGUCUCGCCCGAAUUAAAGCCUCCCUUUUGGAAGGGUUGGCAUGUUACACGCACCAUCAAUCACCUCCCUCCCCGCAUACCCACCGUCAGCAGUUGGGCAGCGUUGUGUUGGGUGAAGGUGUGUUUUUAAAUACAGGUAAGCCGUUCCAACGGAUGGCGUUUCCAUUUUGGCGCAACCAUCGCGUGUUACGUGGGGAAGAUUUAUACCGCGCCCAGCAGCUCUACUCCACACUUACCACAUCGGUUUUAAAAGCCGAACGGCAGCCGUAAGAGAGACCUUCACAUUCUGCCUAUGGUCCUAUACCAGCACUGGAGUCGCCGAUCGAGCAACCGUUUCAAAGGAUUAGGAAGUAAACGAAUCGUUUACUACUUCGGCACAUCGCUUAGGCGCCCUCGCAGGAGUCUCCACCACCACACGCUAGGACACUACUGAUAGUGAGAGUGAUAGUGACAGGAAGCCCCCCGUUUACUUAACCAUGUCGCCAUACUGUAACGCUUGUAAUAAUAAUGUACUUAAAAAGGUAAGAUAUCACGCGUCGUCUGUAGUAUGUUUUAAGUUAAGGUUAGGUUUAGGUCACGCCUCAUUAACGUUUGCUUAACUUUGCCCGUCCGAAAAAAGUUGUGCAAUAAAAGCGAAACAGCUUAUGUUUGAAACUAACCAACAAUCAA